UUCCUUUACCCACACGGAUGGCGAGCAGAAAAAAAGCUUUUGCAAAAAAUGAGAGGAAAGGGAGGUAUAACGGAGAUAAGGAGCGCAGCAAGAAUCAUAAAAAAGAUAACAAAGCAAAUCAUGCAAGAAUGGAGCAUAAAAACAGCGGAAGAAUACGGAAUAGCGAUGACAAAUCUUCUAAGUUUAAUAAAAACGAUUUUAAGAGUGCGAAAAAUAAUGUAAUAGGUGGUAGAAGGAAAUCAGAGAUGAAACACAAUAGAGAUAUUGGCCAAAAUCGGAGGAUAACGGAUAAUAAGCAUGAAAGAAAGGCACCCGUAAACGCAAUAGACAAAAGAAUUAGCGAGAAUAAAAGAAAACGCGAGGAAGAAAAACAAAAAAAAAAGCAGCUUAAAGAGGGUGAGCAGGAGCUUGAGAAUAAUUCACAGCUACGCAAAAUUUACUACAUGGAGGAAAAUGUAGAUGAGGUUGGCAAAUUUGUUGAGAGCGCAACCAAGGAUGUCAUAAAAGAAGAAAUUUCAUAUCUUGGGUAUUUGGUCAAACAGAAGGAGUACGACAGAUCGCUGUGUGCAUUUAUGGUUGAAAACAUAUCAAAAUGCAUUGGUAAUAACAAUUUGACGAGUUUUUUAAAUAUUAUGUUCAAGCUCGUGGAGAUAAUAUCGAUCAAGAAGAGUGUAUAUCACUUGAAAAUCAUACAAAGCAUCCUAAGAAUACCGUUUUACAUCCCUCUAGGCUUAAAACUCAUAGAAUUGUUCAAGAUGGGCAUUGCGAUCAAAGAUACCAAAGCCAUAGGGAAGAAGGUUGAUUACAGCAAGGUAAAGUUAACCACAGAGUAUUUAAAAUCUGAAGAAUUGAAAGAAUUUAUUUUGGAAGAAUCGUUAGCGCUGCUUUUUGCGCACUUGAACAGCAUCUCUGAUUCGCUGGGAUUCCCAGAAGUAUCGUAUCAUGUUCUGAAAGAACUGAAGGAAAUCAAAGAGGAUAACAUUGAUCUAAAAGAUCUGAUUGAGCGUAUAGAAGGGCAGGUUGAUGUCAUCAAGAAUAAAAGAAAAGGAAUAAAGUUUAUCAGUGAAAAGGACAUUAGAGAGUUUGAGCUAAGUACUAAUAAGAUGGUAGGUUGAGCAA